UUUGUGUCAUCAAAGAUGGCGAUUUGCUGAGUGCUCAUGGACACAUCUCAUGGUCAUGGAUAAAUAUUAUCUUGCUUGAACUUGUGGUUAUAUUUGGGAUUUAAUGUCAUUUCUGUUUUACUUUUGAAUAUUUUAAAACACAGCUGUAAUUGAAGCGCAAGGGGAAAACAGCGUUAGCUACCGCAACAAUGCAAAUCACGUUAAAAACACUGCAACAACAGACCAUUCAAAUUGACAUAGACCCAGAUCAAACGGUGAAGGCACUGAAGGAGAAGAUAGAAGCAGAGAGGGGAAAAGACAACUUCCCAGUGUCUGGACAGAAGCUCAUAUAUGCUGGCAAAAUCCUGCAAGAUGACACGCCUAUUAAAGACUACAAAAUUGACGAGAAGAAUUUUGUUGUAGUUAUGGUAUCUAAGGCAAAGUCUGCCACAGCUGCUUCAACACCUUCCUCAGAGGCACCCAAGGCCCCUGUCCAGGACUCUGGGUCCUCGUCGUCUGCCGGCCCGGCCCUUGCAGCCAUCCCUAUCCCCUCAGAGGAGCCCACACCUACAGUCGCAGAGCCCCCAGCUCCAGCCAGCUCAGACCCCAGUCUGGAGGUUCAGGGGGGAGAUGCCUCCUCUGCCUUGGUGACAGGAGCGGAGUAUGAGACCAUGCUGACAGAGAUCAUGUCUAUGGGUUAUGAGAGGGAGAGAGUGGUAGCUGCUCUCCGGGCCAGCUUCAAUAACCCCCAUCGGGCCGUGGAGUACCUCCUCACUGGCAUUCCUAGCAGUCCGGUCCAAGAGACUAAUCCCCCAGCACAGCUUCCUGCAUCUGCCCGCACAGGCACAGAGACCCCUACUGUUGCUGAGGGAGAAAACCCUCUGGAGUUCCUGCGUUCCCAGCCUCAGUUCCAGAGCAUGAGGCAGGUGAUCCAGCAGAACCCCUCACUGCUGCCAGCUCUGCUCCAACAGCUGGGCCGGGAGAACCCACAGCUCCUACAGCAAAUCAGCCAGUACCAGGAGCUGUUCAUCCAGAUGCUGAAUGAGCCGGCGGGGGAGGUAGGAGACGUGCCUGAGGUGGGGGACCUGGGUGCUGCAGUGGAGGAGGGAGCUCCAGUCAACUACAUUCAGGUCACGCCUCAGGAGAAGGAAGCCAUCGAGAGGUUAAAAGCGUUGGGUUUCCCUGAGGCGCUGGUGAUCCAGGCCUACUUUGCCUGUGAAAAGAACGAGAACCUAGCGGCCAACUUCCUCCUGAACCAGGGCUUUGAGGAUGAAUGAGAGGCGCUGGCCUGUCCUCCUCUCCAGCCCAGCACAAGGACUGCACCCCACUGUGGAGCAACGAUCUUCAGGUCAUUUCAGAGGGGGGGAGGGAGAGUUAUUGGUGGGAGGUCUUACAAGCUACACAAUGUAUAUGUUGAUCUAAGGGUGAAAGAGGAAUAAUGAAAUCUAUUUGAAUUCCAAUGGAAUGUCUGGGAUUUGUUUAGGGCAGAUAUAUAUUGAGAUUUUAGAAGAGCUUUGGGAAUGGGAGGGAGGGGGCUGAAGGGUUUGUGGAGUGUGUGUGUGUGUACAUGUGUGUGUACAGGUGGAUGCCAUUCAAUUAAGGUGGAAAGUCAUUUAUAUGCAUAUCUAAGCUUGUUAAUGCUGUAGCUGGUUGUAAUGGAAGCACAUUAUCCUUGAUGCACUUCUACAAUGUUGGUGUAUUGAGGCAAGAGGGGAAAGGGAAACUAAACUGACGGUCAUGAAGAGUCCGCUUGUGGUCUGUUCAUUUGAUUGCACCAGUCCCUCACAUUUCCUUUGCCAUUCAAAACCAACCACAUAGCAAAACACACUUCUCAUCCCAUGAUAUUGUCAUAUAGGCAAGUACAUUUCACCAGUGGCCAGGCUAAGUUAUUUAUGGGGUCCCCUCACUACACCUCAAAGCUAGCGCUUUUAAUUUUCACUCAGAUAUCCAUGAUCUCUCUGGGUGUGGAAAUGCUCAACAUCCUGAGUAAAACGAGCGGUAUAGAACAACCAAAAUGACAAAUGGAUGUGUGUAUGCUCACAUAACCAUACAGGUACAUUACUGUGUGGAUAUGUGUCUGAAAAUUAGGUUUUGCUGAAAGGUGCACAGUCCUCUCUAGUGUUACGUCUCUGAUGAGCUGAGCAACGCUGACCUUACCUUUACAUAUAAUCUUCUGGAGGGGGGAGAUGGUAGGGACCAGUCCUGGGAUGCUGGAGUUACUCACUUACCUCUUUCCCACUUACCUCUUUCCCAACACGAUACAGGCUGGAUUCAGCCCGUAUCGUGUAAAAAUGUAAGGGUAAUUUCCUGUUGAGCCGACAUAUGCAGCAUUUACCAUGAAUGCAGUCUCGGCGACUGCGGGAACAUUGCCUUUAAAUUGUCAAUAGCGUUAUAAAGCGGAUAUUCAGCACUACGGAUUGAAUAGAGCCCAAAAUGUCCAGUAGGAACAAGGGUCCACAUGAAGGUUGUCCGUAUAAAGUCAUUAUUAAACCAGGACCCAGUCAUAGCCAAUCAUUGUCAUCAUCCACAGCCUGAAUGAGCCUAUUCAGACUAUUCAACAGUCUUUAGUGAUGAGGCGAAUCUGAAGAUUAAACCGGCUAUCGCCUAGCUUUAACCACCUGUUUCCAACUGAGAUAGUUGACACAUGCCUUAUUACACUAAGGAUUCUCAGUGUUUUGAGAUGUUGCUAUUGUGGGUUUUCUGAGGGAACGGAGGGUACCAAGAAAUGUGUGGUUUUAUCAAUACUCACUUUUAUCAAGGUAUGUUUUCUCUUUAACUUAACAUGGCAGGAGUUUAAUGGGUCUAUGAAGAGACAAGCUUUUAUGAGUUUAGAUUGAACAGAUGCAUUCAAAUGUAUUGGCUCCCUUGCACAGAAUUUCCUGUUUUCUCUUUUCAAAACUGGUUAAAUGGCUAUUUUUACCCUGCAGGCACCUUCAACUUGCCACAAGUAGGAUCAAUUACACUUGCUGAGAAUCACUUGCCUCAAACCAAAUUAAUUGUGCAUUUAGUUCAGGCCAAUUUUGACUUAAGUGAAAAAUUUCAGUUUUUAUUUAUUUAUUGGAGCUUUGAAACAAAUACACAUGAGAACACAAAGUUUUCAAUGUCAAUUUAUUUUAAAGGAAUAGUGAAUCAUGAAUAAGUGAUCAUGCCAAUAUGUUUGACUGCAUCUGUUUUUGUGAACAUGGCUUUCACUGACACUGGCAUUUUACAGCAUCAACAUGGUCUGCUUCAAUGCUCAGCUUCAUUAAACAUCAUCAAUAUAUCAUGGCUUAUGUUUUAUUUCAUGCCAAACACUCCCAUAUGCACCACAUUAUUGGUCUGGACAAUGAAUGAGGCCAACUGAAAUUAAACUCAACUUGAUCUUAUGGAAUACAAAGUAUUACAGGAAAUGUAAUUUAUAGACAGUCCGGUUCAAGUCCAGGCAUUUCGGUAUGAUGUGGGAAUGAGUAGUGCUACUCCUGUGGACUUGACCCUCCAUUAUCAGUAUUGGUAAGUAGAUUUUCUGAUAAGCAGUGAAACUAUUUUGGCCUCUUACCCCACUCUAUAACAUGAUGCAACUCUAGGGUUCUCAUCCCCAGCACAGGCAAACCCCCUACCCAAUCAAACAGCAAUCUGAAAAUAAGCAGACAGAAACAGGUGAGUUACAGUCAAGAACAUCCUUUUAUUCAAGUGUUGCUCUUUUCAAACUGUUUUUAUUAUUAUGGAAAAGAAACUGUAAUUAACACAUGCAUUUCACCAUGGGCUCUGGGAGGUGUAUUCCUGAGGGAGGGAAGCUGCACUGAGGGGUACGGUGGGAGCUAGGGGGUAGGGGGCAAGGCCAGCUGGGGGUUCACUCUACACAACACUAAACACGGCCCUACACACUUUUAAAAACAAACCCAAAGGAAAAUAAAAAGAUGGAGGGCCAGGGAGAGACAGCUCUCUGGUGCUGCAGGGCAAGAUGGGUAGGGACCAACGUUCUGCCCAAGCAAAGCACACACUGCGAAACCUGUCACUCUGGCUUCUCGACUGGCGCUUUACUUGUCAAGGCUAAUACUGCUGCUGGCUUCAAUCACUUACAAUAAAAACGUGCAAAUUCUUGUGGGAAACAAGUAGGCCCUCUAUCAAGCCCCGCUCUUGAUUUUGCUGGUGGAAUUUCAAGGUGCUUUAACUGUCUACCACGUCACAUACAGUGUAUAGAACCAUAAGACUUUAGUCUGUAAUUGUUCAUUUGGGGUUCUAGUAAAUGGGUGUAAUGGUUCUCUUGAUUGUGGAUCUGAGCCUGCCAGUCUACCUGGGCUGGAACCAUUCCGUUAUAAGGUGCUUAUUCAUUUCAGGUACUUUUUUCACUUGUUUUAAUAGCUGGUCUCAGACAACCACUAGAAAGGUGCAUCAUUAAAUGGUCUCAAUGUAGCAUUGCUGCAUAAGAUAAGAAAAUCCAAAUUCUGUAAAAAAUUAAAAUAUUUGAUAAAAACAUGAAUUAAAAACCUGCCUAUUCUACCCCAGUUGCCAUGCAGCUCCCUUGCCCAUUCAGAGGGAAAUUCCUAUGUGUAUUUUAUCUCCACGUUGUGAUAUGUCAUCAAAUACAUCCCAGUGAAAAACUAGACACCCUCACAGACCCUCUCCUCACCACAUCCCAAGAGCCCACCGGUGUAACUUGUUCACUUACAUUAGCUGUUCAAUGGAGAAGCUGAAGAGAUCGGUAUGGUAUACAAUGUGAAGCAUACAGACAAGAAUAACAUGUGAGCUAACUGCAUUCUGCUCAGACAAAGUUUUGCUUUUUUUUUUUACCCCUCCAUUCAGAGAAAAGGGGUUUGGGGAGGGAUAAGGAGGGUAACGCAGCUACAGACUACUCCAGUGUCCAAGAGAGACAGAAGACAAGAUACAGGAAGACAAGCAAGACAGAUUUUUUUUUGUGCUUUUCUUAAUUAUUCAACAAUAAAAAUAACUAAAUCACACCAAUUUCCUUUAGUACUAUAUAUACUGCUUUGAAAAGCGUGAAGAAGGAGAGGAUAUAGAAGAAAUAUGAAGGAGGGGACUUUUUUGAGACGGGCACUCAGGAUUACAAGAUGGAGUCUGUGAACAAAAGGCACUUUUUAGGGACAACCUUUAAGAUGCUCUGAUUCUAACACUACAUCACCAAACAAAUAUUUAGAAUAAUUUACACUGCGGAUUGGGAGUGGAAGGGGGAA